ACCGCUAUGCAGCUGGUUUCUCUGGCACAGGCAGGGCAGGAGAUCAGUCAAGACACCCUUUCACAUGCAGAUUUGGGUAGUUUGCAGCCUCCGACAAUGGAAGGUCUGGAUAAAAAACUAAAGAAAAAGAGUAAUGGAAAUAAGAGCGGCUCCGAUAUUGUUGCGUACCAUCCGGUUGAAUCACCUGUGUCAGCUAACUGGUUUAACUCGAAGUCGGGAAAGAAGAUUGCUUUGAAAUCAGUUACCUCGAUCAUCGAUGGACUAAAGAAAUCAUACAUUGAGAAGUUGAGGCCAUUAGAAAAAACCUAUCAGUAUAAUGACUUCGUUUCACCUUUGUUGACUAGCAGUGAUUUUGAUGCGAAGCCAAUGGUCAUGCUAUUGGGUCAAUACUCCACCGGAAAAACCACAUUCAUAAAGCAUUUACUAAAGACAAGUUAUCCAGGUGCCCAUAUUGGCCCAGAGCCUACAACUGAUAGAUUUGUUGUUAUUACUUCUGGUCCAGAUGAAAGAUGCAUUCCUGGGAACACAAUUGCUGUGCAGGCUGACAUGCCAUACAGUGGCCUGUCAUCGUUCGGAACGGCAUUUUUAUCGAAAUUUGAGUGUUCUCAGAUGCCUCAUCCAUUACUGGAUCAUAUUAGCUUCGUGGACACUCCUGGAGUUCUAUCAGGGGAGAAGCAGAGGACGCAGCGUAGCUACGAUUUCACUGGAGUUACAUCAUGGUUCGCAGCCAAGUGUGACCUUAUCCUUCUCCUAUUUGACCCCCAUAAGCUCGACAUCAGCGACGAGUUCAAGCGUGUGAUCAUGUCACUUCGUGGACACGACGACAAGAUACGGAUAGUCCUCAACAAGGCAGACCAAGUUGACGCGCAGCAGCUGAUGAGAGUCUACGGCGCACUGCUAUGGUCGCUGGGCAAAGUCCUGAACACGCCAGAGGUCAUGCGUGUGUACAUAGGAUCGUUCAACGACAAGCCGAUCCGGGAGACGGCGGCCGGGCCGCUGGGCACGGAGCUGUUUGAGCGAGAACAGGAGGACCUGAUGUCCGACCUGAACGACAUCCCCAAGAAGGCCUGCGACCGCCGGAUCAACGAGUUUGUGAAGCGUGCUCGGUCGGCGAAGGUGCACGCCCACAUCAUCAGCCAUCUGAAGAAGGAGAUGCCGGCGCUGAUGGGGAAAGCCAAGGCGCAGCAGAAGCUGCUGGAGACCCUCGACGAGCAGUUCACCAAGGUUCAGAAGGAGAUGCACCUCCCCGCCGGCGACUUCCCAAGCGUGGAUGAGUACCGGGAGAUGCUGAGCGCCUACAACUUCGACCGGUUCGAGCGGCUGCGGCCCAAGAUGGUGCAAGGCGUGGACGACAUGCUCGCCUACGACAUCCCCGACCUCCUCAAGCAGUUCAGGAACCCCUACCAGUGAGCCAGCGACAGAUGAUGAGUUGAUGACUGGGAGACCAAGGUAGAUUUGUGAUUUGUGGAUCCGUAACAAGAGAGGAGCUGCAUACCGGAACGUUCGGGACACCGGAAUUCCUGGAGAGAAUAGCCACAAUGCCACUAGUGGAAAUCUAGAGUUCCAAAAUACCAUUGGGAAAAC